AUGCUCUGUUCGAGUAUGAAUGAUGAAACACGUAGAUGUCAAUGUCAAAAACAGUUCGAUUACGAUCAUGAUAGAAAACGAUGUCGUGGUGAUUAUCAUGCUCCAUGUGAAAGUAAUAUGGAUUGUCGAGCAAAUCUUGUGUGUAAUAAAACAAGUACACCGUCAUUUUGCUCAUGCGAAUCACAUUAUAAAUAUUAUCCAUCAGUACGUAAAUGUCGUGGUUAUCCAGGUGCAGUAUGUGAUCGAGCAACAGCUGAAUGUGUUGAUAAUGCGGAAUGUCGUGAUGAAGCAUGUGAAUGUUCACGUCAAUUUGUACCUGAUGAAAAUAAAAAAUUUGAUCCAUGUCCAGCACAAACACCAAAUCCUGCACGAAUUCGCUAUCCGGGUAACUGCCGGCGAUUCAUUGAUUGUCAACAAAAAUCGAAAACCGAAUGUCCAGAAAUGACAUUGUUCAAUUUACGUACUCAACUUUGUGACUAUCCUAGAAAUGUGUUCGAUUGUCGAUAA